ACAGUCAAGCUCCUCCCUGAGGCUGACGGCAAAGCCUCCCAAGUCAUAUUCCUGCUUGAGGCAGAUGGUGCGGCCUCUCACGACCUGCUCACACCAGAGGCCCUUGGCGUGGCCUCCCACAUCCACCCAGGCCAGAAUGCCAUAGCUCUGCCACCUGAACCUGGCCUCCUAAUUUAUGACAAUUAGAUGGUGUAGAUAAUAUGGAAGAAAUAAGGAAUAGUUGGGGUUGUGUUGUUAUAGAGACGCAGACGCACACACCUGGAGCAGCGGCGUACAGGUACAGCUCUACAGCCAGAGCAGAAGCAACGAACUACAGCAACAACACGUUUGAGGUCACAGAAGCCAGUGUCAUGAGUUGGGUACGUAAAGCAGUGAAAGGUUUGACAAGUCCAUCUCAGAGUCCGGCCCCAGGCCCAAAUCCUGAAUUUGAUAAACCAUGGCGGGAAGUGACAUGGAGUGGGGAAGAAAAGAGUCAGAUUUUGAGAAAACUGAAGGAUUUCCAGCCAAGUACUGCACAAGUCCGUGAGCUGAAGAUUCUGCUCCACGGCCCAGUCGGAGCAGGAAAGUCGAGUUUUAUCAACUCCGUCAACACCGUCCUCCAAGGAUACAACACCACCGGUGCACUGGCAGCAUCAUCAGCUGGUAAAAGCUUCACUGUAGAGUUUAAAUAUCACAGGCUGAAGAAAGAUAAGCCUGGAUCUUUCUAUCCAUUUGUCUUUACUGACAUCAUGGGUCUGGAACCAGAGGAUUCAAAUGGUGUGCAGACUGAAGAUAUAGUCAAAAUAUUACAGGGUCAUGUGAAAGGUGGCUACACUUUCAAUCCUUUAAAAGUAAUCGAUAAAGACGACCGGAACUACAUCAGUAACCCCGGCCUGAAAGACAAAGUGCACUGUCUGGUGAGUGUUCUACCAGCUGACAAAAUCUCCCUCAUCAGUGAUGACGUUAUCAAGAAAAUGAGAGCUGUUCGGGAAAAAGCUCGUGAAUUAGGGAUUCCUCAGGUCGUCGUCAUGUCACAAGUUGACAGCGUGUGCCGUCUAGUUCAGGAGGACCUGAGUAAGAUCUACACCAGCAGAAAAAUUAAAGAGAAGAUGAAGGAGUGCAGUGAUAGACUGGGCGUCCCGAUGAACUGCAUCUUUCCUGUGCAGAACUACCACGAGCAGGUUACCAACGACUUGCACAUGGAUAUUCUGAUUCUCAUGGCAAUGUCUGAUAUCAUUAGAUUCGCCAAUGACUAUGUUGAAGACCAGGUUUACAAUGCUAAUGAGUAUGCUAAAAACCAGCUUUACAAUGAAUAAUUUCCCCCAUGUGAUUGGUUCAGUCUCCACCAGAGAAGCAACAUGGAGCUUGAUAGUUUCAGGAAUUCACAAUACACUGAAACAGCAUGUUUAAUCUUUUGACUUUAUUAGAUGUGAUGGACAUGGCGUAUAUUUAUCUGUGCAUGUGAUAGGUGUUUUAUUGCCACUCAUCUCUUCUGUUAUUCUCUUUACUACUUUUUGUCUUAUUGGUUUAAUAAAGAUCACUUUAGGAUCAGUGAUAAGUCACUGUUACCUGGAGUGAGCUUUACUAUAAUCAUUAUGGGCUUUUGUAGAACCCUAUGUGUGUGCAUACAGGCUAACUUUAGACCUAAUUAUGGGAGGAUUUUUGACAGAGCUUCGGGGCUCACAUUACACUUCAUCUUCAGCACUGGUCUUAGUACACUUUUCAAAACUCAACAGAAAUACGAACUAAAAUACCAUCAGUAGUUCACAACUUUCACCCAGUGACUGUAUAAAUGUGGGGUGGAUUGUAAGAAAAGUGAAAU